AUGAAACCCUUUGCCUGCAUCCUGGUGAUCCUUGCCGCCAUCCUGUCCGUCGGACAGGCCUCCCUGGGCGGUCUUCUUGGCGGCGGUGGCGGUGGAGGCGGCGGCUCCAUUGGCGGCGGCGCUGGCGGCAUUGGACAGUUGCUGCAGAGCAAGCUGGGCGGUCUCGGCGGACUCGGCGGAGGAUUGGGCGGCAGCCUGGGCGGUCUGAGCGGUGGUCUUGGCGGCAAGCUCGGCGGCGGUGGAGGCGGUGGCGGCGGCGGCUACUCCGGUGGCUACUCCAACGGCGGUGGAUACUCCGGUGCCCAGUCUGGUGGCUACUCCAGCGGUGGCGGAUACGCUGCCCCUGCUCCCAGGCCCGUUGAGAAGGUGGUCAUCGUGAAGGUCAUUAGCGAGGGCUACUCCGGCGCUCAGUCCGGUGGCUACUCUGGUGCUCAGUCUGGUGGCUACUCCGGUGGCUACUCUGGUGGCUACUCUGGUGGCUACUCCGGUGGCGCUCAGUCCGGCGGCUGGAACAAGGGCUGGUAA